GAGAACAGGAGGUUGGGGAUCUAAUUACCGGGCCAUAAUUGGGGGCUGGGGAAUAGGUUGCCGUCCUCUCAACUCGCUGCAGAUCAAUUAUGUUAAGAGAACAUCUGUAAGUAGUGCUUAAUGAGGUCCAUUAGAGCAACAUGCGCUGCCUUCCCUAACGGUGCUUGUCAGCUCCUCGGAUGAGCUGGAGUGUUCUGCUGCUGCUGCUGCUGACUGGGGACCUGCAGCGGGGCUUAAAUACAGGAGGAGCCGCUUUCCUCAUCAGAAAAGCCGAGGAGAGCCCACGGAGGACCGCGCGGCCGGAGCUGGGCCCUCCUUCCGUCUGACUGCUGCAACUUCCGCGGAGGGAACUUUCUUUCCCGCGCGGGGUCUGGAGAAGUUGGUGAAGAAGUCCAGCUGAACCCGAAAGGUAUACAAAUGCUUUCCGUCCAGCCGGACACCAAGCCAAAAGGCUGUGCCGGCUGCAACCGGAAGAUCAAGGACCGCUACCUCCUGAAGGCCCUUGAUAAGUACUGGCAUGAGGACUGCCUGAAGUGCGCGUGCUGCGACUGCAGGCUGGGCGAGGUGGGCUCCACGCUCUACACCAAGGCCAACCUGAUCCUCUGCCGGAGGGACUACCUACGGUUGUUUGGAGUCACAGGAAACUGUGCGGCCUGCAGCAAACUCAUCCCGGCCUUCGAGAUGGUCAUGAGGGCCAAAGACAACGUCUACCACCUGGACUGCUUCGCAUGCCAGCUCUGCAACCAGAGGUUUUGUGUGGGAGACAAGUUUUUUCUGAAGAACAACAUGAUUCUUUGCCAGACGGACUAUGAGGAGGGGCUGAUGAAGGACGGCUAUGCGCCCCAGGUUCGCUGAACCUUCCAGUCCGAGAGGAGGAGGAUUGGGAGAAAGAGACAGCCUGAAGGAGAGCAUGCAAUCACACAGCAAAAUGCACUAUUGCCUCCCGCGCUGCUCCUGUACCCCCACAUGUACAUAAGCCAACAGGCCUCCUCCUUCGGGGGGGCCGCUGCUGUACAGAAUAGCCGUAGAGACGAUGAGGCGGGAGGGUCCUAAAGCCCACAAGUUUCCACGUGUAAAGAAAGGUGUUUGUAUAUUCUGUCCUUCGCCGGUUUCCUCUGUUCUCCAGUCCGACAGCUGCUCGGUUAAGUCUGGAUUCAAGAGAACGCUGCUGAGGGGCCAACCCAUGAUGUUUUUAAUAAGCCCGCUCCUCAAACAGGUUCUACAUUCACAUUUCUAACUGGUCAGUCUGUGAUUGGGCGGGGAGUACUCUCACGGCCCUGGUACAUUGCAAGAUUGACCAAUGUAGCCCCUCCCCCAUCACUUCACACCUGUCUGUCAGGUAGGUCUGCUCUAAACCCAAGAGCUCCCUCUGACCAGAUGAUCUCUACCAAUCCAGGCCCGAGUGUAGAUGGUGGUAUGUCCUCAUGUCUCUGGUACCAUCUACCAAUGAAUGGAGAAAAAGCUAGAAAAGGUUUUUCAGAGAUAAGGGUUUGUUUUUUCAGCACAUUCUUACUUCCUAGUCAUCAUAUCUUGACGUUUGGUUUAGGACCCUUUCCCAGUCACUUUUUGAUGUUUUGGUGUCCCUUACUCGUCAGUUUUUGACGUGCUGGCCGUUCCUAUUAAAACACGGGUCUCCAACCUCCGGGUCGCGAACAGGAACCGGUCUAGUACCGCGACACGGACCACCUCGGUACCCUAACCCAGCACCUGAAGCAGGACCGAAUAUGGUACCAGAUGCUGUGCUCAGCCUCGGCUCUGGGCUACAUGGCGCCAGAGGCGAAAGAGGGCAAAUGAAUGUUAAUAAAACAGACAAACCUCUGCUUUGAGUCUGUUCUUUCUCCCCUUCCUUCCUUUUUUGACCUUAAAACUGUCCCUGAGGACUUGUUUUGUUGCUUUUUCAUCCCUAAAGUUUUAAAGAAGUGGCGACCAGGGGCGGCCGCCUAGCUCGCCUAUGCUCAAGGUCCACACCCUCGGGAUGAGGGACGACCCUGGCUUUAUUGAACCCAAACCGGAUGUGGUAGAUGCAGUCCGUGUCUGGUCCUCAGGAUGUCUCCAGUACCGGUACGGUAGCCUGAUAACGGUUUGCGUCCGGUACUGCAUCUGGUACCAGUUUUGCUCCAGUAAAGCCAGGGUUGUCCCGAGGGUGUGGGCCCUUGACUUUGCCAACAACCAGCACCUUGAAAAAAACCGCAGAAUUGGGGAUACCCAAAACGUCAAAAAGUAACGCGGAGGGAGCCAGAACAGAACGUCAAUAUGUGACGAGUUGGAGAUUAUAACUUGUUGGGUUUUUUUCAGAGAACCAUGUGUUUUACAGUUUGAUCUGCAUUAAAUUUUUACGUUUUUAACUCGGGAGGGGUUACUUAACGGAUAUCAAACAUUGGCAGUAAAUGUGAGGUCACACUCUUUAAUCAUUCUACAGGUAUAAUCCCACUGCAGUAACCAUAUAUAAAGCAGAGUAACAUAGGAAAAACCUCCUGAAGUCUCAGCUACUGGAUGUCCGUUUAUUUCAAAGGAGAGCACAUCAACUGUGCAGCUUCACUUCCCAUCAGGGCAUCACAGUCUUAUCAGUUUUAUCAGUGUUCGGACGCCAUUCAUGUGCAACCAACGCAUUCUCACUCUUAACUGGUCAUAUAUGGAUGCAUAGUUCGGGCCCCUCCGCGCCACUAUUUGACGUUUUGGUUGUCCCCAACUUGUUUUUUGACGUUCCCAUUCCCCAACACCAGGGCCGCGAACAGGAACCGGCCUGAGGACCACAGACACUAAUCAGGGGUCCCCCAACCCUUGGGACGGGGCCCCGACCAGUACCAGGUUAGGGUAACAAACAGCCAGCACGUCAAAAAAGACAAGUCAAAAAGUGGCGUGGGGGGGCCCGGACCAUACGUCCAAAUAGGACGAGUCGGUUGACUUCUUUGCAUCAAACUCAGCAAUAACUUGUUGCCCUCAGAAAGCAUCAUCUCAGUUGUUGAAAGGAUUCCGUCUCCGUUGGGUGGAUUUGAACCAGCAGCUGUACUGUUCUGAGGAGGAGCUGUUCGUAACACUAGAACGGCCCACAUUACAUGUAUUUACUCUGUACUACUUCAAAAACCUGGUGGCUCCGCCCCUGAGGCGGACUCCUCCAGGACAGUCCGGACCUUUUAUAAAACUUCUCUCCAGCCGUGUUCUCAGCAGAACUUUGGGUCCACUUCAUCCAGCAUCAGAUAACCCCCCACCCCCACCCCAACCGAGGAGCAGCAUCUCUGCAUCGAUCAUGUACAAAUUUGGGACUUGGGCUUGCAUUUCUCUUAGUGUGUCAUCCAGCAUGAGAUGUUUAUUUUUAGGACAACCUGUAAAUACGACAAUUGUAACAAUUUUAAGCACAAAUGUAAUACAGUUUUAUUGUGUUACCAACUUGUACGUUGUCUUAUCAAACUGUGUCUUCAGUUGUUAAAGUCGAUAUCUA